AGUCGCUUCCUUUUCCGUUUGCUUCUGUAAAAGGUUUGUUCGAAUUUUGUAUAGUUUAUAAGUAUCGGUAUUAUUCGCGGUAAUCAUUAAAGAAUCAACAUGGUACAGCGACUAACCUAUCGACGACGGUUGUCAUACAACACAAAAAGCAACAGGAGACGUGUGGUGCGUACUCCUGGUGGAAAAUUAGUAUAUCAGUAUCUUAAGAAGCCAAAAAAGAUACCCAGAUGUGGGCAGUGCAAAGAUAAACUUAGAGGUAUCCAGCCUGCCAGGCCUAUGGAAAGAUCACGUAUGUGCAGACGUAAGAAAACUGUUAAACGCGUUUACGGUGGUGUUCUCUGUCACAAAUGCGUUAAAGAAAGGAUCGUUCGCGCUUUCUUGAUCGAAGAACAAAAGAUCGUCGUUAAAGUAAUGAAAGCACAAGCGAAAUCGAAAAAAGCAGAGAAAUAAUCGUUUGCUUUUUGAUAAUUAAAUAAAAUAUAUUUAAAAUCAA